CCCCACCUGAUUUAAUAGUGCAAUCUGUUGUAGCGUCGUUAAAUUAUUAAAUCUGCGUCAUUCCGUGUAACGGAAUAUCCGAAUUACUCAGUCAGCUCGAGACAGAAUCGUUCAUUUGAAUCGAUUCUUUCGAAUCAGUUCAAACCUGUUUUAUACUUAUGCAUUAGGUGUUGCGAGACAGAGACUACGUUUACAUGGACAGCAUUAAUCUAAUUAUUGACCUUAAUCUGAGUAAGAUAAUGUGAUUAAGGUGUUUACAUGAGCCGCUUUUAGAAUACUCCAAUCAUGUACCCGUUUUACUUGUUAUGGAACAUAAUUAGAUUAACAGCCCGCGUCAUUACGUCACCGCGCCAUGCCGACCGACGUCCCUCCAGAAUUUCACAUAUCAACAUACAGUUCGUCUUCGUUAUGUUUCAGCACGGUGUCAUCGUAGCGGUGGACUCCCGAGCGACAGCUGGUUCGUACAUCGCGUCUCAGACAGUGAAGAAGGUCAUUGAGAUCAACCCAUAUCUACUGGGUACCAUGGCAGGCGGAGCUGCUGACUGCAGUUUCUGGGAGCGCCUACUGGCGAGGCAGUGCCGCAUCUAUGAGCUGCGCAACAAGGAGCGCAUUUCCGUAGCGGCCGCCUCCAAACUGCUGGCUAACAUGGUGUACCAGUACAAAGGAAUGGGUCUGAGCAUGGGAACCAUGGUCUGUGGCUGGGACAAGAGGGGACCAGGGCUCUACUAUGUGGACUCUGAAGGGAACCGUGUGUGUGGUGAUAUGUUUGCUGUAGGCUCAGGUUCUAUGUACGCCUAUGGAGUCCUUGACAGUGGCCACCGCACUGACCUGACCAUCGAGGAGGCCUGCGAUCUUGGCCGCCGUGCCAUCUACCAAGCCACCUUCCGUGACGCCUACAGUGGUGGCCAAGUCAACCUUUACCGUGUACACAGUGAGGGCUGGGAGAGGGUCUCGCAAGAUGACGUACUCGCGCUCCACCAUCAAUUCCAGAGUCAGAAAGCCUAGUGAGAGGAACGGGUUGGGAGGGGUGGGAUAUGACAGAGGGAAGUCAAAGGUUCUGAGGGUUUCAGGGUUAACAUGAAGAGUACAGUUAAGAGAGCAAGUGGAAGAAAGGCAUGUCUAGGGGCACAACUCUGGUCUUGGCAAGCCUGAUUUAGUACAUUAUGAUCACUUCUUUCUUCUAACACAACAGUUAAACUUGGAAGAAUUGUGGCAGUGAAUCAGAUAGGGAACUGGUUGGGACCCUAGAAAUGCAGAAGUUAUGCUACUUUUUGAAUUUGUGCUCUCUCUGUCAUUCCACUGUAACCUAUUUACCACAGUCUCUUUGUUUUUGUUUUGCAAUAUAUAGUUACAUUUAUUUAGUCAAUAGCUCAGUGAUAUGACCUUGUCAGGCAUACCUCAUGUUUGGUGUGAUUGAUAUUACACAUUGCAUCCUAGUGGCCAUAUUGAGCUGGCCAGCUCUGUCAAAGCUCUGUCAAAUUACUUCACUACAUAACCGUUGUUAACACUUGCAAUAAACCCUGGAAUUGUUUUUGUUA